AAGAACUACAAGUCCGGUGCCAUCGACCCCCAGGUGUUUGAGUUGCCGGCGAACUACACGUGCCGCUCGUUCCCGGGGCCGGGCGUCGAGCAUAUCGGUCACCACAACCCUAUCCGGGAGUUCAUUAACGGCGCCGACAGUCACGUGGACUCGGAGUUCGCGAAGUUUACGGACAAACACGACAAACGCUACGAUAACUCGACUCAUGAGAGAGGAAGGAAAGACGUCUUCAGACAAAACUUGAGAUUCAUUUCGUCGAAAAACAGAGAAAACAUUGGAUACAGGCUUUCGGUCAACCAUUUGGCGGAUCUGACGGAUUUCGAGCGGAGGAGUUUGCGAGGGAAACGGUAUUCCGGUGUUGAAUAUAACGGGGGACUGGAGUUCGACAAAACCAAAUACUCGCUCAACGCUGUGCCCCAGCAGUGGGACUGGAGGUUGAGUGGAGCCGUCACUCCCGUCAAAGAUCAGGCCGUUUGUGGCUCGUGUUGGUCUUUCGGCACUACCGGUACCAUCGAAGGCGUGUAUUUCGUGAAAAGUGGACAUUUGGUGAAACUGUCUGAACAGCAGCUAAUCGACUGCAGUUGGAAUGAAGGGGAUAAUGGAUGCGAUGGCGGGGAGGACUUCCGGGCCUACGAGUACAUCCAGAAAGUGGACGGACUGUCCACUGAAGACGAUUACGGCCACUAUUUGGGCGAAGACGGCAAAUGUCACGACAAGACUGUGAAGAAAACUAUUCAUUUGAAGGGCUUCUAUAACGUGACGUCUGGAGAUACACAGGCGCUGGAGACUGCCCUCUAUUACGAGGGACCGGUCACUGUGGCCAUCGAUGCCUCCCAUAAAUCCCUGUCCUUCUACUCCAGUGGCGUAUACUAUGAGCCCCAGUGUGGUAAUAAACCCGAGAAUCUGGAUCAUCAGGUUCUGGCGGUUGGUUUCGGUAGUCUUAAGGGCGAGAAGUAUUGGCUCAUUAAGAACUCGUGGUCUACUUAUUGGGGUAACGAUGGCUACGUCCUCAUGAGUCAAAAAGAUAAUAACUGCGGGGUUACCACUCAGCCUACGUACCCAAUCAUUGCUGACAAAUAAGUCCCUAUUGUGUGUGACU